GCUUCCGGGGGAAACAUAUCGAGACGGCACUGCUUCUUGUAGCAUAUUACAAGAGAUUGUUGUCUUGUGUUUUUGUUUUGCCGUAGCAGACGGAUUAUGAAAGAAGCGUCUAUUCAACUCAAGCAUAUUUGAGGGUUUUUACAGUCUAAAUGGGUGCAUAUUAUUGUUCUAUAUGCAGGCAAACAACAUUCACUGGGAAGGGACACAUAUUCGGGAAAAACCACCAGAGCAGACUCAGAGUGGUUCUCCUUAAAUUCUUAGAAAAGGUGAAAGAAGCUCGCCGGACACUGAAGAAACCCCAAGUAGAAAAGUUCGAUUGCACCCAGCACAAGAAGACGUUCUGGUGCUACUGCUGUGGGCGUGACGUUGAAAGAAACGUUACCGACGAGAACAUGACUGUCCUGUAUGGAGGCUUGUUGGAGCACAUGGCCACCCCAGAACACAGGAAGAAUGCUCACAAGUUCUGGUGGGAGAAUAAGGCGGACCCCAAGUUUAGAGACAAGGUCAUCAUCACAGAGGAGGAAACUGAGAGGUUUAAAGCUGAGGUGGAGAAAGCAUUGGAAUCAUUUGUGGAGAAGGAGGAUGAAUUCAUAAAACAGCAAGCUGAUGACAUCCGGGCACAAGAAAAGCAUCGUCAAGAGGUCUUGCAGUCUCUUUUAGAGCGUGACGCAGAGCCAGAAUUGUUCAAUGGAUCCAACGGCACAGACAUGUCUGCUGAGGAGGCUGUCAGCUCUUCUUUUACGCCUCGGGGAUCUGACCAUCAGGCGGGCAGCAGCUUUGUCGAGUCAAUGGUCGAAGCACCAAGGGCUGCAACAGGACACGGCCUGACUUUCAUCGGCUACCAGCACUCAAACAGGGGAAAUGUACACACAGGUGCUGUACCUCCUUGGCUUCAGGAAGAUCCUCGGGGGGGAACCUCCGCAGCUGCAGCACCUCCGGAGAUCGGUCCAUCGGUCCAAGAGUUCCUCAAACAGAAGGAGAAAGAGAAGCUGAAGAAACUUCCACCGAACCGAGUGGGUGCCAACUUUGAUCACAGCUCGCAUACAGACGCCAACUGGCUUCCCUCCUUUGGUAGAGUGUGGAACAGUGGCCGACGCUGGCAGUCCAGGCACCAAUUCAGACAAGAGGAAGGGCAGAAGAGGAAGAAGGAGCACGGCACAGAGGGGUCAAAGAAAGCAAAAACAACUGAACAGCUGACAAAUCCUGACAGCAUUUGAAGCUGAUUGGGUUGCGUGAAAACUGAAUGAAGGGAUGUAUAUAGUUUACAAGAUGUGAAUGAGAUUGUAUACUGUGUUUCUGAGGAGUUGCACUGUAAGUGCUCAGGCGGACUAGACGCCCUACUGUAGUUCCUAACCAAACAGUAGUGCUUGCAUAUGGCAAAUUAUAUGUAACCUUCUUUAUAACAUAAUUGGGAAUGUGUGCAGUGUGUG